UAACGCUGAUUUGGCGAUUGUUCAAUAAUUUUAUGUUGAUUGAAAACUUUAAGAACGAAUGCUCAAUUUCUUACGGCGCUAUCGGUUUCCAAGACUGUUUUUGAUAUAGUGUGCAGGUGUACCAGUGAAUAGUUUUUUGUGUUCUGUCAGGAUAGAUAACAUCGUCAAAAAUUUGCUGCGCCCGGCAGCUACUGGCAGGACAACUUGUAAAUUACAACGCCAUUCGUGUUCCCCGUACAUAACAGUUCCACUUGCGAUGGGGCUUAACGUCAGCCGGUCCAGCAUUCACACGACGGCCUCUCCUAAAGCAGAUUCUAAAAACCCGUCUGGCAUUGACGCAGGUGCCAGAACCGAACAGGGCAGUGAGAUGAGCUUAGAGAAUAAGGCUGAAUUGGUUGCGAAGCUCAAUCCCCUCCAGUACCAUGUCACCCAGGAGGCAGGAACGGAACGGCCUUUCACUGGAAAGUAUAACAAAUGCUACGACAAAGGCACCUACAUCUGCGUGGUGUGCAGCCAGGAGCUGUUCAGCUCGGACACCAAGUAUGACUCCGGCUGUGGUUGGCCAGCUUUCAACGAUGUACUGGACAAGGGUAAGGUGACCCUUCACGCGGAUGCUAGUUUAGCAGGCCGAAUGCGGACGGAGGUCAGGUGCUCAAAAUGUGGAGCUCACAUGGGCCACGUGUUCGAGGAUGGACCACCGCCGACUCGGAAACGGUACUGCAUCAACUCGGCCUCAAUCGAAUUCGUUCCGGCCGGCACGGUACGUCCGGAAUCGUCAACCGAAUCUAAGUAGAUAGAAUAGAACACCAACUUUUCGAACGGGCAAUAUACGAUUGUAUAAUUAGGUAUGUGACGUGUGAUGAUGCGAAGCGCGUGCAGUACAAAGCAGCUGAAAAGUUUGCCAAAAGCAGUGUAUAGGAUUGAUAUAAUUCAGUAGUCACUCUUGCACUGAAGAAUAAAGCACAGCAAUUAACUAUUUUCACACUUACAGACUUAUUCGUAAUCAGUUUUUCGAUUCAGUGAGGAUGUUUCUUAUGAAUACGUCUGCAAAAUCAAAUCCUUUAAAAAACGAUACAGUGUCCAAAAAUAAGGUUGUUAAUCUUUCGAGUAUCGUCGAUGAAUGAUGCAUAAACUGGUAACUUUUUACAAGUAACUUAUAUUUGCUCUAUUGUUUUUUCGUUAUUCACCUUAACAACUAAAGUGGGAAGAUGCGCAGUCUGAUAAUCCGAGAAGCCUUUAAUUAUCUUUCGUCCCUCAGCAUAUUAAUAAAAUCGCACUUCUCAAUAACGUAAAGGCUAACCGUAGUUAUUUAUUGAACUUACAAACAUUCACCAAACGUAUCAGCUGAUAUGGUCGACAUUAAUCGACAAUGUAAUAAAUUUGUACCACAAAAGUGGUAAAAUCAUUUUUGAUGAAUAAACGUUUUCAUUAUAAAAGAUAUUAGCAUCAAAUAA